AUGGAAAAUAAAAGUGAAAAGUCACUGAAUGAAUUCAUCUCCGUGGCAAAAGGAAAAGAGGUAAGGUAAAAUAUUUGUUUUAAAGGGCUCAAAUCAGAACGUUAAAUGAAUGCAAUACACUUUAAUUAACCGGCCACUCAUAAAAAAUUGACUUCCACUUUUUGCUUUACGACGAGAAUUACUUAAAAGACGUACCGUGGGGCUCCUUAGUAAAAACACAGAUAAAAAAUGACCUUUAAACUAAUCAGUAUAGUUUUCUUUUCGAAAACCGAUUUCGUAGUACAUAUUCCCUCUUAAUUGUUGGUUGUCAGGUCAACACUUCAAUGCGGCACUGACAAAAUAUUUUGGAAGGAUAACUUUACUUAGAGUACUUAAUUUGUUCCCUCUGCGAUACUUUUCUUUUCUUCUUGUGUCACGACUUUUCUGAUCUUGUAAUAUUUUCUGAGGACAUUCGAUGAUAAAAUUAAAAGUUGGCAAAUAGUAGCUCCGAAAAAAAAUAAUAAAUUUUUAAUAUGCAUAGUAGUAAAUGAAGCUUAUGGUUAAGAACCGUUUUGUUUUAGUCCGUGCUGAAAUUCCUCUUAGUUGCGAGUAUUAUCACGUUUGUUGUAGUAUGUGCGAAACUCAAAACCUUAUCCUCGCUUCAUAUUAUAGAAAUGUCUCAUUACAAUCUUGUAUCAUUGUUUUUCGUUGUUGUUGCUGUUAUCACUAUUGCUGUUAUAACUGUUCAUCAUUAUGGUUAUUAGUGUCAUGAUGAUAACGAUUAUUAUUAUUAUCAGAAUCGUUAUCAUUAUUCCUGUUUCUUAACAAUAAGGAUCGGAAAGAAAGUACGAGCCAAAACUUCCAUUACAGAAGGAAUUUGAACCCGCGCUUGUUUGUUCGUGGCACUUCAUUAUUAUUCUUUUCCAUAAUUUUUUACGCUCUCCCUUUUGAUUUUUUAAUUUGGCGUCAUUUUUGUUCAAGUUGUUGUCAUUGUUUUUAAUUGAGUUGGUUCUAUUCUUGUGUUUUGUGCUCGCUUGAUUUUGCUUUGCCCGCCCUAAUCCGCCGUUAUGUUUGAUUUGCCUCAUUAAAAAACUCCCAAGCUAAGCAGAACUUGAUAUUUCCAAUAAACACAGGAGGGACUAAUUGGUUCCGGAAGCUUACCUAGUCUCAUCAGUCCUAGACCAACUAGCGGUCAGGCAAGCCCAGCCUCUCCGAGCCAGCAACAGCCAAGAGAAAAGAUUAACGUGACAUUCGUUUUCCCAUUGGAUGAAAAAUACCAAUGUCCCGUUUGUAAAGAUGUGCUCCUAAACCCUGUGCAAUUUGAAGAAUGUGGACACAGAGUAUGCGGGAAUUGCUUCCCAUCGAUAAUAAGGUGAGGUUACCCACAUUCGUUAUAAACUCCCCUAAACCCUGAACUCUCCCUUCCGUACCCUGCAGAGGAAACCGAGCGGUCGAAGAGCAAGUCCAGGACAAGUCCACCAUUUUUUCCAUCUCUCGUCGGCCUCCUGGGUUUAAUCGAUCGGGUUUGGAAGAAGGGAAAAGCAGGUGGGGGGUAGACUGAGGGGAAGUAAGUUCUUGUGAAUGAGUGAAUUUGUUCCGGGAUAUUCUUUCCACAUUUACCCAAACGCAACAGUCCUCCUCCGCCACAGCCUAUCAAAUGGUCUGCUCAUAAAAUCUUGUUUCCCUGUUCGCUGUAUGAUCACGAAGCGAAGGUUCCCCUGCCCAUCGAAAUGUUUCCUGUUCUGUUUGAUAAGAUCAUUAUAAAAUUGGAACAUAACAUUUCUGUUUUUUCUUCACUUGAGGGACGGUUUUAGCUUGGUCAUGAAAAGAAUAAUACCUUAGUCAACGUAUAUCUUAACAGCUUAUGAUUUAUUACGAGAUAAAUUGUUUAUCCGCAAAACUACAUGGAUGUAGUUUGGAAGUUAAUUUCACCCACAUGAAAUAAUUUCUUAUCAACAGAGUCGAGCCAAGAUGCCCAAUCGGCAUGCAUCCGAUUGACAAAGACGCGGUAAGUAACAAAACAUGAGAAAACGGAUGCCACAUCCAUAUUUUGAGUCAACCGGUCUUUUUAUGGGAAACUCUGCUUGCUUUUUUUUUUCUAUUAAGAGCUUUCAAAGGAGCAAUUAGAAAAUUAGACCUUUUUUACGAUUGUAUUGUAAUAUAAAUCUUAAGUUUCCAAUGUUCCGGGCUAAGAUCAAUUUUAGCCGGACCGAUCGUCCUGAGCAGUAAAGAACUUAGACGUCCGCUGACAGAGUACUUCAUAAUAGCAUAUAAUUUCACUAACAACAUUUUUCUCCUCUUUUUUUUUAGUCAUAUGUGGACAAAGCGUUCCAUAAGGAAAUUUUAGCGCUUGAUGUCAAAUGCAACAAUCACGAAUGGGGCUGCAAAUGGGAAGGCGAGUUUGAAACUGUUCAGGUAAUAUGAACUAUUUGGUUUCCAAGAAUGAUUUUCUAUUCUUAAUCUCGAGGAAAUUUAAUUUACAAUGAUCAGUCAAAACCGAUAUAACAAAGAAUUAAGAUCCUCUCUUGACCCAGUCAUUCUGUAGGGAUCUGACAAGAAUUAUCAGAAAAAUACCAUUCCAUUUUGAAAUCCCUCAAAACACUUAGUUGAUGCAGGAGCCCAUUAAGAGGUUGAAGUGACGAUACUCUCCCCUUGAGGUAAAUUCACUAAAUAUAAAGCAUACAAAAGUAUUUCCGCACACCUUUGCAUUUGUUUUUAAAAAGCCGCUCUAUCAGGGUUUUGUUAAAAUAAUACACUGCGAGUUUCAAUAACGUCGAGUCUUUUUUCUUUUGUAUUUGUAGAAACAUGCUGCUGAGUGCGAUUUUGUGGAAAUGUUGUGUUCGUACGAGUGCGGAGCAAAAUUUCAAAAACGAUUUUUCCAGAAGCAUGUAGACAGAGACUGUCCAAAGAAGAUAAUUGUCUGUCCUUACUGUGAUGACAGACAUCUUAGGGAGGAAAGAAAGGUUGGCUUAUUAUCCAGGUUAUUUGAAAACUGAGAGGUAAACCGAGUCGAGGAAAUUGAGAUAUCUCCUACUUCAUCGGUUUUUCAAAUCUGCACGUCAGGUUAAGUUACAUAUAUUGAGUUGGGUUUUAAGUGCUUUCAGUAACUGUAGUUCGAUUUUUCCCACAGAAAUUCCCUAUAGAGCACUCGAAUUAUACUGUCAAAGUGCCACAGUGAUAAAUGAAGCAGUGCAAAGAAUUGUGACGAAAAAAGGGAAAGAACGUUGCGGUUCCAAAUCUGACUCUUUUUCUUUGCUAUUCAUUGUGUCACUUUUAUCCAACAAAACGCCAGAAAAAACUAUAUACAAAGCCGAUAGACUAUUUUGAUGACUUAGUACUUUCCUCGCAUACAGUAAUGUUUUGAGAAUUGACUUCCCCUCUCGUCACCUUUUGACUCAAUGCUAAGCUCUCUUGAAUGUAUUACCUGUUUUAGAUGCAUAUGGAGGAUUGCCCGAAGCUUCCAAUGCCGUGUCCCAACAAAUGCGAAAAGAAACUGGUUAUCACAAGGGAUCAGGUGAGGGGUACAUGCAAGGGCGAAGAUUUAUAUAGUUGUUACUGUUGUUGUUAAAAUGGUGGAAACGAUGACGGCAAUAUCACUGAAGACAAUCGCAAUAAAAACAAAAACGUCGAAGAUGAUGUUAAUGAAGACGAUAAUAAUUGCGAUAAGAAUUUGAUGGAAACAAUAAGGAGACUGGAAUGAACAUAAUAAGGACGAGGAUAUAAAUCAUGUUGAAGCAAGAAAAAUCAGAAUUGUUUUCUCUCGGUUGAAGGUAUCGACAAUGACGUUUUAAAAAGAGACAGGUUGUCUUCCCAGAAAACAACUAACAUUACUUUUUUAAAUAUGAAGUUCUUAUGCUCAUGUGAUAAUUUACGUUGCAGCUAGAUUAUCACGUCGGCGAGGAGUGUCCCAAGACAAAAAUGACCUGUGAAUACGAAGACAUUGGCUGCGUUCACAGAGUAAGUGCAAUCCUAAAACUGCAGGUUCAUAAAAAAAAUCGAACCAUGCUCUCUUUAAGUGGUCGAAGUAUUUAUUUCUUGCAGUGCAACCGAGAAAAACUACCCAAACACCACAAAAGUGAGCUGAUCAAUCACGUAAGAAUGCUCCAUGGCGUUGUCAUGGACCAGAAAAGAGAACUUCUGGAAUCCAAAGUCCUUCUUAAAGAACAAAUGGACACAAUCAGCCAACAGCAAAAGCGCAUCGAGGACCUGGAACGCAUUACUAACAGCCAGUUGAUCUGGAGGAUCGACGACUAUCACCGGAAGUUAAAAUCGGCAAAGAGCGGAGAGUUGGACACAAUAUUUAGUCCAGAGUUCUACACGAGUAGGAAUGGAUACCGACUAAUGGCUUCCGCUUGUUUGAACGGAGACGGCAAAGGGAAGGGAACGCAUUUAUCUGUGUUUAUUAGCGUUGUUCAAGGUAAGUUGGUAACGUACGAUAUACGUGGGCCUCAAACAAGAACGAUCUUCAGAAAAGGCUAUUGAAAUAGGUCAAGAUUGGCUGAGGUCGCGUCUUUACAAAGUUUACAACUAAAGGAGCAAUAUAUGUUAUAUUCGUCAGUCACCAGUGAUAAAGGUUCAUGUUGACAAAGGAUGGUACGCGUUUCCAUUCCGAUAACAAUUAUAAGACGUCUUAAAUAAACGAAGAUAUUUUUCAAGGAAUGAUAUAGGAAUACUUGGAGGAAGAAAACUCAGAGUGCUCCCAAAUGGAGUCGACCUACGACCUUUUUAUUAGUACUUCGGACCCUCUACCACUGAGCUAAAGGAGGCUCGUGGCAGGCUAGGCUGUUUAGAAGUGUUCGCUCUAAAAAGGGAAAUAAUUAUUUUUGAUACUUUUAUUUGUUGUAUUUUAUAGGAAUAUACGAUUCGCUGUUAAAGUGGCCAUACAACUACCGCACCACGUUCUAUCUAUUGGAUCAGAACAAAGACCUUUCCAAACGGAAACACAUUAUGUUUUCAGUUAAACCAAAUGUGUGUCCUGAAAACGAGCCGUUUCUUGGCAGGCCCAGGACCAACAAAAAUCCUAGCUUCGGUUCUGGAAAAUUUGCUGCACACGAAGACAUGGAGAAAGGAGAGUACAUCAAAGAUAACACAAUGUUCAUCAAGGUUGUUGUGGAAUGCGACGGAAUGAGUGAACCUUGAUGAUAUGAUCAGGAAAGGCUGGGUUGCCGGGACAAACACCCAUGAAUCUCUAAGAACGAGACGUGAGAAAGCUAAAGAAAUUCAAGGCGACUUCCACGCAUGCUUUUCCGCUCCUCAGUCUCUUCUACUACCGCUAUAACCAGUGUAUGAGCAUAAACACAGUAGUCAGAAUAACUGCUUUAUAUAUUCAGUCAUGAUUACUCGGAUAGACCAUAAACGAUCACCUCGAACUAAAAUUUAAUAUUACUUCGAACCCUCUUCCACUCUAUUUACUCCAUCCAUUUCUUACGUUUACCAGUCUUAACAUUUUUUAAGUUUGAGUUGUAUUAAUGAAUUCUCACGGGAAGAUCAGAUGUCUUAUAUGGCUUAGUCCCAAGCCUGCAAACAUCUUUCUUUUGACAUUAGCCAUGCUUUACGUUUUGCAGAUUUUGUUUUGUUUACACUAAAUUUCCAAGAGAGCUUUCUUGAGCCCCAUGACUGUCUCACCUGCAAAACAACUAAUAAUUCAAGGGAUAAGUAUGUACAUAUACUCCUGUAAUACAUGUUCUGAGAAAACUUUCAACCUCAGGUGGUCAAUAUUUAGAUAUACUCAGGCUACAUUUGUUCUCAAUAGCCAUCAAUUAUUGAUCAGAUCUCCAAAGCGAGUAAAAAGCAAGUAGAUGUCCAUGAAUUGUAUAAUUAUAAACCUUCAGUAAUGGCUGAGCUACCACAGCAUGAGCUUAAGUUUCGGAAACUAAGAGAAGAAAUCUUUUUUCUCCCCGCUUCCCAUCGGCGGGAGUUAUGUAUCUGAGAAAAACCUUCAUGUAUGCCCUACUUACUCUAUGUAUUUGUCCUGAGGCAUCCGACAUGAAGCGUGCAUUACUGUUACGAUGUUAAUAGCUGAAAGAUGAUAAUACUUUUGCUCAGCUCCAUUUGCUCAUUAUCACGAUGACCUGGCAAUUAAAAUUUCUCGAACUUGAUAAGACAGUGAGCUUUCAUUUCUUCUCUGAGUAAUGAAGCAGGUGAAACACGUAUACCACUCUGAAAAUUAUAAUUACUGCUUCGGCAAUCAAUUCUUAAAAACACAUGGGGGAAAAAUAUCAGAUAUUCAAAUGAUAUUACAACAUCCAAUUAGUUAUAGAGAGCAACUAUCAUGACCGAAACUUGUUAAGCUGUAGUCCUGCUUAGAAAUCCUCUCUCAUUCAAGGGACGUCAUACAACUGAUUAGUGGUACUCCAUGCAGAGCUAUCAAAGUGUUAGUUCAUCUCUGUUUAAUAAUGAAAUUAACAGAGCACAAUUCGCACUUUAUGUAAAUGCUUUCAUCCGAUCCUGCUUGCCACGUUAUAUUACAUACUUUUUUUUUUUUUAUCCCAAAAAUGAACAAUGACAAGAAUGAGAAAUUAUAAACUAAAUCAAGGAAUGCAACCAUAAUACCAAAACUCUCUUGUUGGUUACCGUGACGACAGUGUUCGAAUUUUGCAUUACAAAAUGGUAAGUAUGAGAAAUACCUUCCAGAUAACAAAGCAGAAAAUAAGUGAGCGUUCCUUCCCUUCGACCUUGAACCUGGUGACGCGUUUAUUUAUAUCAUGACGCUGUAGUUGUCAUGAGGAUUUCCUUUAUUGAUUUUAAAAGUGAUUUAAGAUGGGAAGAUUUUGAAAUUUUUUUAAUAAGUUUCUCUAUUAUUAGCUGUUCUAUUUUUAAUCUUUUAGAAAUCUUUGAAAAUAAUGUUUUCUGUUAAAUUGUCUUGGUGAUGCCGUGGAGAACGAGAUUCAACCGGCGCUGAAUAAGAUAAAAUUGACAACAUUACCUCUUAUCAUUUCUAUGUAUGAAGGUUUUGUAGCUGUAGAUUGCAAAAUCACUUUCAGUAUUUCAUUGUAAAAACCAAAAUUAUUGCGAGUGAAAGUUCGCUCUCGGUUUAUUUUGUUAAGCAUGACAACAAAUACAUAAUCAUCUUUAAACCUUCGGCCUGAUUCGUUGAGUUGCAAACGUUUUGAAGUGGCAGGUGAAAAGAACAUGGUACGCCUGCUGUGAUUGGUCAGUCGUGGAACCUUACUGAAGGCAGGUGCUGUAUUGCGGUAAAAUUGGUUUUUAUAAGUUGCGUUCGCGGCUUCUUUCGUGUGGAUAGCUUUCGAUAAAAAGCUACGAUCUUUGAAGUUGUUUAACAGGAUGCCUGACAUCGGAUCAAGCCAAACUGUUCAAGAAUCACCACACUUAAACGGAAACGUUUCUCAAAAUGGAGAGAAAUACCCCGACAAAGAGGUAUCUGAUAGACGAAGUCGUUUAACUAAGAGCAUUACUUCUUCCGCUCCGGGAAAUUAUGCAGAACAUAGAUGAGGUUUACACCGAUCAUUUAGUGUGAUCUAAGAGUCUAUCUUAAUUCUUGCUGGCACGCUAAUUUUUUUGGCUUUGUCAGUGCACUAAGAUUAUGAUUCUUAGCUUGGACCGCAGAAAACAUCUCCCCAAAUUUACAUUGGAGUGGAAAACAUCACGUAAAUUUUGCACUCUGUUAGGAAUAAAAUACAGCGGGUAGUAAGUUAAAAUAGGGUCGAGCAAGGUCAUUUUGCGAUAAAAUUUCGACAUAACUUAGAAGAUAUUGCGUUAAAUUUUCUCGAAGAACAGUACCGAGUUUCUGCUGACAAUGUGUUAUGGCCUUUACACACACAGCACUUCCUUGCGUAGCUGUGGAAUUUUUAAAAAUCCUCAAGAUGAGGUGGUCUAGUUUGAUCACACAUUUUAAGGAAAGGGGAGUUGUAAGAGUCAGUAAUUUGUGUGUCCUCACGUUUAGAAUUCCAUUCCUCCUGGUAAACUGUCAGAAGAAAGGCUAAUUAAUGCUAUCGAUACUCAGUAUUAUGUGAAUUGCUGGCUGAGUGUAAGUGCUAGCUGGCUGAUGGAUAUAGUUAUACUACUGUGGAACAAUGGUGAAUAAUAAGCACUGUUUUUAGCUGAAUUUCACCGCUAAACUGACGGGAAGCGGAGCACAAUCUUUAUUCUGACAUUUUUGCUGAGGUAUUAGUUUCAAAAAUCGGCGUGUUCGGUAAAAUUCGUACAAACAAACUACUAAGUUUCAAAUUGAACGGUAGACCUGAACUGUCAGCAUACAUAGAGGGAUUUGAUGGAUGGAAUUGUGAAAAUGUUUCGGAGCGAAAUCACUUCAUGUUCACCAACGGUAUCGAAAAUUGUAAAGUUUCAAUGUCGAAGCUUUUGAAAGUCGGCUGUUUUUUAAUCUUCAAGUUUUUAUGUUUUCAGAGAGGAAAAAACUAUCACUGUAAAGUUUCCUUAAUGGUCUUUAUUGAACACGAACCUAGUAAAAAUAUUUUGAAUGUUGGGCGAAAACAAUAAAGAUGUAUAUCGGAUGAACUCAACUCAGUCACGAAGAAGUUUACGAUAGACGUAAAAAUGUGCGUAAUUUUAAUUUAUAAACAAAUCACCUCAAAAGACCACCAGAAGAAAAAUUAUUUUUCAAUACAUUUCAUAUGCAUUUUCUAAUGAUGCACAAGAUCAUUGGCCGUUUUUGUUUCGUUUAUUUUUUUGGUUUUUCGGAAAUUUAUUAUCACCGCAAACUGUGAAGUUAGAAACAAACGUAUGAAACAUGAGUUCAUUCGUUUUCUAUAAUUUACUUUUGUUGUUAUAUCAUAGUUUUCGUUAUUAACUGCCUCCGCGAUGAAUAAUUGUAUAUCCCACUUUGUGGCUCAUUCCGUUUUCCGCCAGUGGAUGUUAGUUUCCUGAAAGAAUCAAAACUUAUUGAACCUAUAGUUUAUCAAAAAAAAAUUAUAAAAAUGUUCUCGCUUAGGAAACUAUCGUGAUCUGACAAUUCAAAUCCAAGUGACAAAGGUUUGAGUAUGGCGUCAGUGAAGAUAUUAAAUUGAAGCGAAAAAUGGAAGUAGUCGAUCGAGGUCUGACGUUGCUUGCAAAACACCUUUGUUGAUUGACGCCUGAAAGCAACUGUCGACUUUCAGCCAAUGAUAUCAUUUCAUUGCAUAACAUUCUAUUCAAUAAUUUAUCAUACCUGAUAGAAUUGACUAGCAAAACCUUGAAGUUAUUUUGAACGAACACACUUCAUCUAUCUUUAUACAAAGGCGUCUGGUAUAUCACACGAAAUGUUUACGCUCGUUUUCAUCGUCGUUUAAAAUUUAACGAUUUGUUUUCAUUUACCGCAGCGUCAUGAACAUGACUCAAACAUGGCUGAAAUUGUCUUGAUCUUUGAAUGUUAGGAAAGUAACAUGACCGGAGGAAGUCACAGUCCGACUGGAAGUGCGAAGUCUCGGGGAAGCAGUCGUGGAAGCCCUGCUCCAAGCCAGUUAGAGCGGGAGAAGUUUGAUCUGUCACUAUUUGUGUAUCCUUUGGAAGAGAAGUAUCAGUGUCCAAUUUGCGGGGAUGUUCUCCGUUAUCCAGUUCAAUUUAUAAGGGAGUGCGGACAUCGCGUUUGUUGCAAGUGUUUCGACGAACUAAAAAGGUGGGUCGUUAAGAUACAAUUUUGACGCGCUAUUGUUUUAUCUUCGUGAAAUAAAGAUGCACAUUUUCAGUUUCUGCAGUUAUUAGUUUCAACCGCAUUCUAAAUUCAUCAUUGCUGCGACGAAUUAAUUUAACUACGCGUUUUCAUAUCGAUUUUCAAGCCGCUUUGCUGAUUGAAUUUACUUGGCGAAAAUUAAAGUUUCCAUUUUUAGCUUUCACUUAGUAACCGCGAUCGCUUCCAUUUUGACAAAAUUAAAAAUGCAAGGAUUUUGCAAAAAGCAGUUUGGUCUAUUUACGUUAAAUUUUCAGAGCGUGUUAAAUUUUGCAAAAUAAUUUAUUCUAAUAUUAGCAAUUUUAGCCUCUUAUUAUUUGAAAAUGAUUUCGUAUCGCGAAAAGUCGUGAAACGAUACAGCCGCGCGAAAUGAAAAUCUUACACGUUCGUUAUUUUAACUCAAUUGUGAAUUAAUGUAAUUCAAAGUACUUACGUAAAGGAAAAACCAAUGCUAAAUUGCUUUCGCGUUACAUUCUAAUUAUAACCCUCAUUUCUCGGACAAGAGGGGUAUAGAGGCAUUCUUAAUAGAAUAAAUGCGAAGACUUAGAAGUAAUUUUCGUUUAGUGUAAUACGUAACUGAGUAAUGAAUUUCAUCUGUUCAACUCUCAGGCGCUCGAUAAACAAACACAACUUAAAUUCGUGCAAUUGGGGGUCCAUUUUACGCCUUUAAAACGGAUCGUUCAAUUUCUUUCUUUCUCCCUUUUAACCAUCCAAUUUUACGGUAUGAAUUCAAUGAUGUUUUUUCGCUUCCCCUUUUACAGGGUCGAACCGCGGUGCCCGGUGGAUCAAACACCAAUCAGCAAAGAUGAUGUACGUGAAACAUUAAACUUGAAUGUCUUUUUAAAUAUUAAGUCAGUAGCAGGAAUAUCUUAUUCCCUGCAAGUUGCAGUUUGCAUAUUCACUUUUUAAUCUGUUUGUAUACAACUUCAAAAUCAAGGUUCUCCAUCCAACUAAUUUGAUUUGAAAUCUGAAUGAAAUGGGAAAUCAGGAUGCGAUCAAAAACAGAUGUUUUUUUAUUUAUAUUCAUAUUGAGGUCUUGGGAAAAUAAAUACUUGUUGUUGACUGUCUUCAAAGCUGGACAUCUCCACAGGUUUUCCCCACCAACUCCAAACAAACACUUUGAAAAAAAAACGUGAUUGAACAAUUGACUGGGUCUAACUGGCACGUGAAUCAAACUGAUAUGCGAUUGUAUCGUUCAUCCUUACUUUCAUAAAUGAAAGUGAUUCCGACCUCAUCUGAGGUCAAUGCGUAAUUACCUGAGUUGAAAAUCACUCUGUGGAGUUAUGUUACGAGCAAUUUAAGGAUGGAUAAAAUAGAGCACCAGCCUUAAUUGCAACUGAGUGAAAGUCAUCGCUAUGCAAAGAUUUGUUAGUUUCUCUGUGCAGCGCAAAAAUAAGCAAUGUGUCUACCAUGUUCUUUACUUCUAUUUUUUUGCCAAAAAACAAAAUGCUAGUUGUAAUGACUGUACUGAAGUUUUAGCUUCAAAUAAUAAGAAACAUAUAGAAAAAAUAUAUCAAAGCACUCUUAACAUGCAGUGAUCGAUAAUACACAGGGUUUUGUUUGAGGAUGUAGUGGUAAAAGAGUAGGAACAGGGGAAUUUUCUCCGCGUGAGAAUAGAAAAUGGCGCAAGCCAUCAAGUUUGCCAGAGAAUUCUGGGAAAUAGAGCCAGAUAAUUCUCCCCUGAAUAAUCAUCAUUCAAUUUCAUGGUUACACAAACUUUUUUUAUUGCUUUUUAAAGUCUCUUUUUUACUCUAAACCCUUUUUUACUUUAAAAUCCUUUCGUGUUUUGUUCAAAGGCUACAGAGUGAUGUUUAUUUUACUUUCAUUUGACAGGCCUACCUUGACAAGGCUUUUCACAACGAGAUCUUAGCACUUGACGUAAAGUGCAAGAACAAUGAAUGGGGAUGCAAAUGGGAAGGAGAAUUUCAGAAUUAUCAGGUAAGUAGCCGGCCAUUAUUGCCUUCCUUUCUUCUCUUGAUUAAAAAAUGUAUUUCAUAUUUAAAAAUAGUUUCUAUCGCAAAUAAUUAUUGAGGAACAAGACUUUAACAGUCAUGUUGUGGGAUUGUUUUGCUCAGAAUCGACUGAUAUUGAAGCUGUCGGAUGAAGUUUAUAUCACUUGCUAUCUUAGACAGUGAUUUGUUGGCUUUUCUCGCUCUUGUGGUUUUUUACAUCCACGGAUUUUUAAACUACUCUCGCCAUUCGUUGUCAUAAUGUGUUUAAUAUAAACAGUAUACUUCCUAAGUGACAAUAUUGUCUAAGUGUUGCUGAGAUCGCGAUAAUAGAACUCCUUAUCUUUCCUUGGAUUAAAAACAACGCAAAAGAUCUGCAACAAAUGUCAGUCCCUCGUUUGAAAAAACAAUUAAGAAUAAACAGAGAUUCUGCUAUAUCUAAAGGGAUACCGAGCAGUUUUUUUCGAAAGCAAAUCAGAUGGAUUAAUUUCCUGUAGAAACUAUCCACCAAAGUUAAGCCUCUGGACGUAACACAAAUUGAGAGGGCCUCGAUGAUUUGAAUAAAAACUUGGAUAUGAAUCAUCACAAACAAUAGAAACACCUGUGCACUGCAAAAUAUCCCGCGUAGAAUUGAAUUUCAUCCUUAUUUAUGCUUUUCCUAUUUUAUUGUUUCGAAUUUCUAAAUUACUCGUUGUUUACUCAGAAUGCUGAGGACCGCCAUGAACACGACAAUAACUGAACUAACUUAAAUCCUUAACAACACUCGGGAGGGAAAAAGAAAAUAUUUUGAAACCAAGAGACGGUGACCAACGUUUUUUCCGCUUUUCAAGGCUAAAUAUAGAAGGAUUUUCAUUAAAACACCGUUUUUGGUGUAUUUUUAGCACAAAAGUAAUUUCAAAGUUCCGGAGAACAUAUCGCACAAGAAAGUGGGUUUUCGCAGAAUGAAUUUUAUCCUAAGUGUUCUGUGUUUACUUUCUUCCAUCACUGUGUUAAAUGAUGUAAAUUCAAGCGAGGUGUCGUUUCAUGGGUGGUUCCCUAUGGAAAUCAGGAACACUUUUCACACCCUCAGCAGCUCGCACAUCUAGCUUAUUUUGGACAGAUUUGGCUUUCUUUAUCACUGUCAUUGAGUCAUUUCUUUCAUAAGUCAAGCGAGGAACCAUGCACACGAGGCGAGCGCGAGAGUAGGGGGUCGCUCACUCCUUAACCCCUUUGAGUUCGCCUCCGCGUGUGCGUUCGUUGAAUCCCACGCUGUUCUUAUUUUGUGAACGACGAUACAGAUUGAUAUAGAAGGUCUGUGACCAAACUACAAUCAUCUUCCCCUCCUCUCUGCAACACCAACUUAUACUAAUAGUUUUAAAAUUAUAUUGCUGUUUGUGUUCACAGGAUCACGUAAACUCGAAUUGUGAAUACGCGGAAAUUCUCUGCAUGAACGACUGUGGUGCAAAGUUCCAGAAGAGAUUUUUGCAAAAACAUCUGGACAAAGAUUGCCCAAAGAAGAUCAUUGCUUGCCCAUAUUGCGAUGAUAGACAUCUCAGAGAGGACAAAAAGGUAAAAAUCAGGAGCAUCUCCCUGUCAUGUCUCAGGCUGGGCAAAUUCAACAGCAUAGUGACUUCAUCAACAUUUGUUAUUUGUAUUCGCAAAUUUAUGGCCUGACGAGAAUCACACCUGGCCUAUUUCUUCACUUAUAGUACACAGUUUUAAGUAUACCGAAAAAGUGGCCGCGAAAUUAAUCUUAUCAGUGGCAUAAUUCCUAAAAUACCCAUACCCCACCUCAGUUACUAUACAAAUAUUCCUAAAGACAAAAGCCCGAAUGGAUUACAGCAAUGAUGACGACAAUAAUGAUGACAUCGAUGACAACAACAUACUUUUAAUUGGCCACUCUCUCAAUGGAUCAGUCACAUAUUACAUAUUUCUCCUACUUUAUUUGUUUGGCGCUUGUUUAGGCACAUCUGGCAGACGAAUGUCCCAAACUACCUCUUCCAUGUCCAAACAAAUGUGACAAAAAGCUGGAGAUUCCUCGAGAUGAGGUACGAGUUUGGAGGCGUUUACAGUAUUAGGUUUUUCAUGAUAGAUGCCGCCAAGCAAAAGCAUCCUCAUAAGUUCUGGUUGUUAAUACUCAUCACUCCCAUUAAGAAUCGGGAAUUUUUUGGGAAACCAAAAGAUAUUAUCUUAGUGGGUUUCACUGAGUUAAAGUUGAGUUGUAUUUAGGAGAUGUGUUUCUGGUCAUGGGUUCUAGUGCUUCGAGUUCAGAUAUAAGAGUUAUCUUCGAAUAGAGACGUUGAGCCGUCUUCUUUUCCUUGGUCUGAUAAGAUUAAAGGUUUUCUCAAUUGUUAAAUAAUACUUCGUUAUACUAGAUGAAUCAUGGUUUAAGUUAGAACGAUUGAUUUCAAUUCUAGUUCAAACUGUAAACAUAUCGUUGAACCUGAAUUCUUUCACAAACAGCUGGAUCAGCACAUCGAAGAAGUUUGUCCGAAGACAAAGAUGAUGUGUGAAUUUGAGUACAUCGGCUGCACACACAGGGUAUGUCUUUCAGCAAUUGCAUCCUGCCUCAUAAUCAGGUCCAUAUUGAUCAGUUUUCUAAUAUGUUUGUGUCAAGGGAGGCCUGCAAACGAUGUAAAUGGACUCAGAAAAUUAGGGACUCAUGGUGGAACCCUCGCUGCUUGCCACGUGUUCCAGUGCCCGUAACAAAACACAUUCUGAGUUCCUUUACUUUCGGAAAGUAUAAUUUAGUUAUCAUACGUUACUUUCUCGAAUGUACUAAUCAGUGGUAACUCUGAAGGUUUUCAAAAAAAAUUAGAGAUUGUAAUUCCUCCACAUACUAUGAGGAGGUAAUGUAAGAUGACUUGAUCUUUUCUGUAACAGUGCAGCAGAGAGAAAAUGCCUAAGCACUACAAAAGCAACAUGAUCGAGCAUGUUAAAGCAGUCUUUACGAAGAUCCAAGAGCUAGAUGAAACACUGGGAAAACACGAAAACACCCUUAAGGAGCAGGCUGACCUCAUUAAAGCACAGGACAAGCGUGUAGGAGAUCUGGAGAAAAUUGCAAACAGCCAACUCAUUUGGCGAAUCGAGGACUACACGCGGAAGCUAAAGGAAGCCAAGGCCGGAAAUGGAGACACACUGUUUAGUCCUACUUUUACGACCAGCAAGCAUGGAUACCGCUUAUGUGCAUCAGUUUGCUUGAACGGCGAUGGAAAGGGAAAGGGAACGCACAUGUCUGUAUUCAUCAGCGUGUUGAGAGGUAAGGAACCAUAAAAAGCUCAGAUGAAGAAAAUGAUAGAACUGUUCUCUUUAUCAACUGAUAUGAAGGAAGUUUUACGUAAUGAAUUUGCCACCUGACAAUACUAAUCCUUUUUUGAGAAAUGCCACUUUUCGGAUGGUUUCAUUGUAUUGGAACAAUAGUCAAGAAUUAGUCAAGAGUCAAGAAUUAGAGAAUUCAGGCUCGAGAUCUAUUUGUCUUCACUCUGAAAAUACCCCUAACCCUUUGGUGUUUCAUCGAUUUCUGUUGCAGGCGCUUUUGACAGUUUGUUGAAGUGGCCUUUCGACUACAGGGUAUCAUUUUACCUUCUUGAUCAGAACGAAGAUCACGCACAGCGAAAACACAUCAAAUUCAGCAUCAAACCAAACCCGUGUCCAGAGAAUGAACCGUUCCUUGGUCGACCCAAGCUUGAAAAGAAUGCUAGUUUUGGAGGAGCAAAGUUCGCUAAACACGAUGAGAUUGAAACCCGUAACUACAUCAAGGAGGAUACUAUAUACAUCAAGAUUUCAGUAGAUUGCGACGGGUUGAGUGAGCCGUAAGAUAAAAAAUUGUGUACUAAGAACUUAAAGAGUAGUACAACUUUAAUUACCAGUGCACCUUUCAAGGCUCUAAACAGUUAAUCGCAGGUCGAUGUGCACGCAACUAUUGAAUCACUCGCAAGCACGCAUGUACACUGAACUGAGAAAGUGUCGGGCGGGUAAAAAUGGAAGGUUUUUCGCAAUAAAAGUAUAAUCACACCUUAAUGUCCACUUAAGGUCGUCCCUCAGAGGAGGUUUGAUUGUACAUCAAAAUUAUUUCGCUGAUAUCUCAAAGUCGCAAAACGCCGAGAGGUUUGUAUUAUAAAUUAGGGGGGAUUUCCUUAGAAAAUCAGAACGUGGUGCCUAUAAAGAGGAAUUUUUUAGAUUUGAAAUACAUGAUGUUAUUCUUGCUAUUUAAGAAUUUUAUUUACGCGGCAGUUUUUAGGACUGAUUAGCUUUUUUAUGCGCGAGAUGCCUUCUAUAUUUGAGUUCUCGUUGUGAAUAUAUCUUACGAUCAUAAAAAAAACAUUCUUUCUCUAGAGCAAGAAGGUGAUUCCCAGGAAAGUUUAACCGAUGAGGUUGCGAUCCCAAUAAAAAUAAUUAUAAUAGAAUUUAUCUAAUUUAUGGCAUCGAGUGUUACUCCGCCGCUCUAAGUGUGUUAAAAUGAAGAUGUUAUGUUGCAACAACAAUUCCGUCACAUAAGGGGAAAAUGGAAUUUCCAUUUUAAAACUGGUUAGUUAGCAGAAUAUGAGGUGACGGAGGAUUGUCGUUGUUAGAUACACAUUUCCAUUUCUUUCUCUCUUUUGCAUGGGCUUUAAAUGAAAAUAAACCCUGAUUUUGAGCACUUUAGAUUAAUUUGUCAAGAUGAAAGAAAUCAUCCCGCACAACAGCCUUGUCUUCGUAGCUUAGCUUUUCGUCUGAGAUUACGCUCCAAUAUGUUCGAUUACCGAUUACGCAAUCGUGGUUCAUUUGCACGGCGAGCAGCCGUUCGUGUAUUGUAGUGAAACAGUUAAACGUGGAACAAUUACUUAUAUAAUACGAAAAUAAACGUGAUUUUUAAUGUACAAUUAAUUGCAAGCGAAGUAGAAAUCAAUUAAGAACAGCAAAGUACUUUUCCUGUGUAUGUUUAACUUUACGCUACGUACUUGUAAAUAAAAAGAAACGUUGG